AUGGAUAACCCAGCUCCCGAUUCCAUGUCCAGAUCGGAAACCGCCGUCACCUAUGAUUCACCUUAUCCACUCUACGCCAUGGCUUUCUCUUCCACACGCACCAGCACUCCCACCGGCCACCGAAUCGCCGUCGGAAGCUUCCUCGAGGAUUACAACAACCGCAUCGACAUUCUCUCUUUCGAUUCCGAUUCAAUGACCGUCAAAUCUCUCCCGAAUCUCUCCUUCGAGCAUCCUUAUCCUCCAACCAAAUUAAUGUUCAGCCCUCCCUCCCUCCGCCGUCCCUCCUCCGGCGAUCUCCUCGCUUCCUCCGGCGAUUUCCUCCGCUUAUGGGAGAUCAGCGAAGAUUCCUCCACCGUCGAGCCCGUCGCGGUCCUCAACAACAGCAAGACGAGCGAGUUCUGCGCGCCGUUGACCUCCUUCGACUGGAACGACGUCGAGCCGAAACGCCUCGGGACCUGCAGCAUCGACACGACCUGCACGAUUUGGGACAUCGAGAAGUCUGUCGUGGAGACGCAGCUCAUAGCGCACGAUAAAGAGGUCCACGACAUCGCCUGGGGAGAAGCUAGGGUUUUCGCGUCGGUCUCCGCCGACGGAUCCGUCAGGAUCUUCGAUCUACGCGACAAGGAACAUUCCACCAUCAUCUACGAGAGUCCUCAGCCCGAUACGCCUCUCUUAAGACUCGCCUGGAACAAGCAGGACCUUAGAUACAUGGCGACGAUUCUGAUGGAUUCGAAUAAGGUUGUGAUUCUCGACAUUCGGUCGCCGACGAUGCCUGUGGCGGAGCUGGAGCGGCACCAGGCUAGCGUCAACGCCAUAGCUUGGGCUCCGCAGAGCUGCAAACACAUCUGCUCCGGUGGUGAUGACACGCAGGCUCUCAUUUGGGAGCUCCCGACGGUGGCUGGACCCAACGGGAUUGAUCCGAUGUCGGUUUACUCGGCCGGUUCGGAGAUAAACCAGUUGCAGUGGUCUUCUGCACAGCCUGAUUGGAUUGGCAUCGCUUUCGCUAACAAAAUGCAGCUCCUUAGAGUUUGA